AUGGAGGAGUAUGAGAAGUUCUGUGAGGAAAGUCUCACCAGAUUCCAAGCAGCAUCUCUCUCUAAGGAGAGUUUCCUACCUCCGCCGUCGGAAGGCGUCUCACUGAUUCGCUUCCAUGGAGUGGCUGUUCUUUCUCCACUGCUUAACGUUGAGAGAAGAAAGGAAAUGCAACAAGAAAAGCAGAAAGCACUUGAUGUCGAAGCAAGAAAGCAGGUUAAUAGGAAGAAAGCUUUAUUGACUCGAGUCCAGGAGAUUCUUGAAAAUGUUCAGGUUAGAAAAGCACCUAAUGCCAGUGAUUUUGAUGUGUGGGAAACUGAAACAGUGUACUCGAAUUCAGAACUCACAGACUUGAAUAUUCCUGCUACAUUUUCAAAUAGCUUGCCAAGCCCUCCUGAACACUGUACUUCAGCAAAGCUUGAAAGAAGAACUAGAAUUUUGCCCUUGGCUAAUGAGGACCAAUGUCCAUCAGUAGGAGUAGACUUAGCUAGUGACUCGGAAGGACUUAGUGCCCCGAAGCAGCAUGAUAGUUCAGCUAUUAGCCACACGGAAAACGAAGCUUCUCCAAAGGGCUCUGUAGCAGUCCUACAGGAGACUCUGAUUUCUGAUCGUCUGUCCCCCGGAAAAGAAGAACAGAGUCCGCAGCUCUUGGAAGAAACUCCUCCUGACCCCUACAUAAUGAGUCUUCAAAACCUGAUGAAAAAGUCAAAGGAAUAUAUAGAAAGAGAGCAGUCCAGGCGUGGUCUGAGAGGCAGUGCAAAGAGGAUUUUUAAUGAGAGCCAUUCAGACAAAGAAAAUGAUGCCGUUAAAGUGACUGCCUGUGUGAAGGAGAAAGCCCACGUGAUGGGCAAACACUGCAGCUCCGUUAUUCCCGACAAACCAAGCCUUAACAAGUCAAACGUGCUUCUCCAGGGUGCUUCUUCAAGCAGUGGGCACACACCCAUGUUAGCUAGCUUUUCUAAAGCGGACAUACCUGUACGCACUGGCCACCCCACUAUUUUAGAUUCUGAUUCGGAUUUUAAAGUAAUGCCCUCUCUCGUUUCUGACAACAAUGUUAUCAAAAAUCUUCCAAGUUCAUAUGCCAAAUUACCUAGUCCUGAGCCAAGUCUGAGUCCAAAAAUGCAUCGAAGAUGUUCUCGGCCGUCCUCGGCGUGUCAUAUCCUCAUAAAUAACCCAGUAAAUGCCUGUGAACUGAGCCCCAAAGGGAAAGAGCAGGCUGUGGACCUCAUUGUUCAAGGUAGUGAUGAGAACACGAACAUGCCUGAAAUUGUGCCAAAGGUACCCCUUGAUUUAACCGCAGAAUGUCCAAGCAGGGAUCAUGACAACAGAAGUCAGCCUGAGGCUGUCGAAGAAACAGCUUUAAGUAAAUCAAAUCAGGUAUGUCCAUCUUCAGGAAAUCGAUUAGAAAAUGAAAUUAUUCCUGGACUUGAUGUUGAGGAAAGUCACGGCACAUCUGAUGGCAGGGGACCACACAAAACGGACAGUCCCUGCACCACCGUCCUGAGAUUGCACGAGCCAUGUGGCACUGAGCAAUGUGUGGUGAGUCAACACUUCGAGACCGCGGGUGGGCCUCAGCCAGCCAGUGUGCUCGAGAAAAGCGCCUGCCCCGUUCCGAUGGGAUUGAAUAAGUCUUACGAUGUGAAGAACCCGUCUCCUUUACUGAUGCAGAAACAGAAUGAUAGGCAGCAGACGGGCACGCCUGCACUGUCCUGCGGAAGCGAGCCAUUUUUGGAAAACAGUUUUGAGAACGUCAAACGGAGACUUGAUUUAGAUAUGGAUGAUUUGCAAAAAGAAAACCACCCUUACGUCCUAACAACUGGAAUAGCUGAACAGGAAAAGCAAGCUCUGGAGAAAAGAUACCCUAAGGAAUAUGUUUGCAUGAACAAAAACAAAAUCUUGGAAAACAGCUUAAAAGAAGGUGAGGAGAUAUUAAAAUGCAAGAUGUUAGCUUUGGAAGAAAUGCGGAAGAGACUAGAAGAACAGCAUGCCCAGCAGUUAUCACUCCUCAUUGCGGAGCAGGAGAGAGAACAGGAAAGACUGCAGAAGGAAAUAGAAGAGCAGGAGAAAAUGUUUAAAGAGAAGAAGGUGAUGGCCGUUGAUGCCUCCGACCUGGACAGUCACAGUGCGGUGGAGUUGGACUGGAGGAAAAGAAGUGACUCUGGCUUGCUCGAAACAAUGCCGUCUCCAGUGGACUCGCCCCGUACUUCACAUUCAAAUAGUUCUGUUUUCAUGAAUUCUGCCCUGCAACAUAGCUUUGGUUCUGCAAACGAAUCACCAUUCUACCUCUGGGGAUCGUCAGCUAGUGGCAUGACUAAGAUCUCAGUCAGAAGACCUUUUGGCAGGGCCAAAACCAGAUGGUGUCAGAUUUUCAGUCCAGAAAUACAAGCAAAAUUCAACAAAAUAAGUGCCGUGGCAAAAGGAUUUCUUACUCGCAGGCUUAUGCAGACAGAGAAGCUGAAACAACUUCAGCAGACUGUGAAAGAUACUAUGGAAUUCAUGAGAAGUUUUCAGUCAGAAGCACCGUUAAAGAGAGGAGUGGUUUCAGCACAAGAUGCGUCCCUUCAAGAAAGAGUGUUAGCGCAGUUACGAGCUGCCCUUUAUGGUAUUCAUGAUAUUUUCUUUGUGAUGGAUGCAGCUGAAAGAAUGUCUAUUCUACAACACGAUCGAGAAGUUCAAAAAGAGAAAAUGCUCAGGCAAAUGGAUAAAAUGAAAAGCCCACGAGUGGCUCUUUCAGCUGCAACACAGAAGUCUCUUGAUAGGAAGAAGUACAUGAAAGCUGCUGAGAUGGGAAUGCCAAAUAAGAAAACUCUCGUUAAACAAAAUCCUUCUGAAACAAGAGUCCUUCAGCCAAACCAGGGACAGAAUGCACCUAUACACAGACUGCUUACCAGACAAGGAACCCCUAAGACAUCAGUGAAGGGGGUUGUGCAAAAUAGACAGAAGUCUUCACAGAGCAGAGUGCCUAGCAGAGCGCCUGUUUCAGGAGCAUAUGCAGGAAAAAUCCAAAGAAAGCGGCCAAAUGUUGCGACAAUUUAA